GAGAAGAAGAGGGAGAUGAGGACAGUGCAGCGCGAGGAGAAGAAGAAGAAGAAGAGGAGGAGGAGGAGGAGGAGGAGGAGGAAGAGGAGGAAGUGGACUCUGAGCUGGACGCGGAGCUGCCAGCUGGGCUUCACACCGGGAGGAAAGCGGCGUGUUGUGGGUGUUUGUGUUCCCGGGCCCGCGGCUGCAGAGGAGCCGGAGCUCUGUGAUGAAGAACCGGAGCCUGUGAACAACAACAAUCCGUCUUCUGACACAGUGAUGGACGCAGAGAGUGGCGAGCUGUUCCUCAGCGGUGACGGCGGCGUGGCGGCAGACAGCUGGCAGCUCGACGCACCGUUCUCCUGCUCUGAACUGGUCUUCAGUGGCUCGGAGAAACCCCUGCAGGACUGGGCGGUGGACCCCGACUGUACGCUCAACGACAGCGAAUCAGAGGACGUCCUCCACGGCGUCGACCCAAAUGAGGUGUUCCCCAGCGGGCCGCCUGCAGACCCGUCGUCCGAGAGCGACAGCGGCAUCUCUGAGGGUCCUGUCGUUGAGAGUCCCGUCACCACGGUGACAGCGGUGACCGCGACGACCUCCCAGCCAACCCCGGCGACCGUGUACCAGGUGGUUUAUGACAUCAGUGGGCUGGGAGGCGUCAAGGCUGAGCCUGGACAGGAGAACGUCAUCUCCAUAGAGCUCGACGAGUGGAGUUCCCAGAUGUUGUUUUCAGACACAUGUGUUGUGAACGAGCUGCCGCUGGUCUCCGCCGCUCGCCUCGACGGCGGUGGCCUGGCUGUCAUCGACCCUCCCAGCCCCGACAGCGAUCUGCUGUACCCGGAGCUUGAGCUGACCGAGGAGGAGCAGAAGCUGCUGAACCAGGAAGGAGUUUCUCUGCCGAACAACCUUCCUCUCACCAAGGCGGAGGAACGAAUCCUGAAGAAAGUUCGGAGGAAAAUCCGCAACAAGCAGUCGGCUCAGGACAGCCGCCGCAGGAGGAAGGAGUACAUCGACGGGCUGGAGGGCAGGGCAGCAGCUUGCUCAGCACAGAACAAGGAGCUGCAGAGGACAGUUGAGCAGCUGGAGAAACGUAACAUGUCUCUGCUGGCUCAGCUGCGACAGCUCCAGUCUCUGAUCAAACAGACGGUCAGCAAAGGAGCCCAGACCAGCACCUGCUUACUGAUCAUCCUGGUCUCUCUGGGUCUGAUCAUCAUGCCGAGUUUCAGUCCAUUCAGCCGCAGCUCGUCUACAGAUGACGACUACAGGCCCACAGGAGUUAUCUCCAGAAACAUCCUGACAGACCCCUCCCCCUCCUCCUCCUCCCCCUCCCACCCCCACCUGGCAGCAGACGAGGUUGAGACUCUGGCGGUUCAUUCUGACUCCUCGUUGCCGCCCUAUGACCUCAGCCAAUCAGGAGCUCCAGAGGGCGCUGCUGUCCCACGAGAACCAAUAGAAACCCCUGAAAUUACAGCCGUUGACGGCGCGGCCCAGGAGGGGAGCCGAACAGGGAACAGCUCAUCUGUUGUUGCCGGGCAGAUUGAACCGCUCGCCCUUGGUCUGAGGUCAGCGGCCGGAAAAGGAAGCCACGAUCCGGCCAAACCUGCGCACGCCGACGAGAUGUAGACGGACUGUUUCAGGUUUGGUGUCGUGCUCGUGGAGACUGUCAGGACAUGUUAGCUGUAAACACACGACCAGUGAGGGACGCUCUGAUUGGUCAGUGCUGAUUAGUAUCAGCUGAUAUCUGUUGGUGGUGGUUUUCUGAUCAGAAAACAGAUCUUUAAACACGAGCGGUAGAUGCGAAGAUUAAUGCCACACUCACGUCUGUACGAUAAAUAUGAAGCAACAGCCAGUUAGCUUAGCUUAGCAUAAAGAAACAGGGGGAAACAGCUGGCCUGACUCCUCCCAAUGAUAAAGAAUGUUACAUCUCAUUUGUUUCAUUUGUACAAAAACCAAAGUGUAAAGUUGUUUUUGAGGGGCUGUGUGGCUUCCAGUCUUUGUGCUAAGCUAGGCUAACUGUCUUCUGGCUGUAGCUUCAUAUUUAGCUUACAACAUGUUCUGUUCCUUUAAACUGCACGUCCUGAAGUGUGUACUUCUUCAGUCUGGGUCUUCUUCUCGCACCUGAGGCCGUUCUCACGUUGCUCUCACCAACUCCUGGUGACAUCUGGAGGCGAUCAGCUGGAGCCUCCUGAAGCUUCAACUUUUACAUUAAUCAUUUCAAACUCUUGUCCGAGUCUGACAGGAAUAUGGAUCUUCUUCUGCUGCGACGGCGAACUGAACCAUCUCAGAGCUUGUGUCUAUACAACAAAGCUUCAUGACGACAAUCAUUAGAACCAGUUACAGAUGUUGAACCUUGAACCUCUGUUGGAGCCUGAAUUAGCAUCUUUAUCACACAGGAGGCCGAGUCCUCCUCCACAUGGAGCUGUUAACAGUGGUCUGUGUUAGCAUGCUAGCACUUUCCUGCAGCAGAUGGUUCCUGAACUUCUCUACGUCCAGGACUCUGUGUUCUGUAGAAGCAGGUACAGGAAGUGACCCUUCAGAGAUCUGGUCCUGAGCUCAGUCAAACCUCCAGCCCCCUGAAAAAUAAAGUUACAGCAAAGUUAAAAUAGUUUGUUCUACUUUGGAAAAUCCACAUUUAAGGAACCUGUUUGGAUGAGUCGGUAAAGAAACCCUCCAUUGCAUUCUGGUACUUAAUCAGUUAAAUUAACAAUAACAUAAAUAAUCAAUGAUUUAAAAUUUAUUAGUUGAAUAGAUUGUUCAUUAAAUAUACUGUAUAUGUUUGUUUUUAGGUGCCGCACUAACAAAGUGGUUUUACUGAUUGUUUUUCACAGUAGUUAGAGACAGACUUCAUAAUUUUUUUAAAGACUAAUUUUAAUUAAUGGAAUUAGAUUCUGUUGGGUUUAAUUAUCGUUUCAUUGACAAUCAGUUAAUUUUUUUUAGACAGAUUUUAAAAGGUAAUUUCACUCACGUUUGCGUUUCUCAUUGCCAUAACCCAACAUGGCUUCAUUACCUGCCGACCUCUGACCUUACUUCUGCUUCUCAGCCUUUGUGGCCUUUUCUCACCUGUAGCGGACUCAACACCGUGAACCUGCAGUAACCAGGAACGUAAAGGUGAAUCCAGUUCAAAGUAGUGUUGUCUUUUAUCCCUGGAGGGUCGUUUCCCUUCGUUCACCUCGGGCCUUUCUGGCAGGUUGGUAUUUGGUGCCUUGAUUAAGGGCUUUUUCCUUUAGAGCCAAACACUGAGAGAUGUGUGUUAUGGAAGGAAACGCCACCAAAGUGAAACUGUACUUUGGCUUUUUGUAAAUAAGGUUGAAUAUUUUGAAUAUGGAUGAUUGUUGGGAGGAUUUUGUAAUAGUUUUUUAUUUUAUUUUCGGUCCCUCUGAAUGAAUUAUUGGUUGUUCUCUGUUUCACUAAGUGGAUUGGAUUAAUUUAUUUGGUUCCAUUAACAGGCUGGAAAACUGGGGCUUUAAUUUCAGCUGUUUUGAACCUUUUUUGUCUCUUUUACUGGUUCAAGUUUCAAGGGUUUCAUCAUGAGGAUUAGAUGAACCUGGUUUAUUCUGCAGUAAAACACUACAGUGGUUAACACCUCUAUAUCUAACAGCUUUCUCAUGUUUGUGUGAGACGCCGUCAUUCAUCUGCUGCUUUUUUCUUCAUGUUGACUUUAUUAAAAAGGGAACAAUAAAUGGA